UUCUGGAGGAGUUGAUUUGAGUUUACAGCCAUUUUGUGUUUGACGUUUGUGAUCUUGCUGCUAAACAAGAAUCUGAUUUUGGGCUGAAAGACUGAAAAUUCGCGUAAAAUCUUUUUCCGAUUUUGACGCAAACGCGUUCCAAGCAAAAAUGUUGAACAUAAAGAUCGCGGGAGUAUUCUUAAAAUCCGCUAACGUCGAAAAUGACGCGUCAAUGACAAUGUGCGAAUUGUCACAACGAGUCAGUGACGCAACUGGUCUUUCACACGAUCAGUACUAUGUGUUACACAAUGGCAGACUUAUGCAGGAACACGAUGUUUGCUCUCACGGAUGUAUAGAUGUAAUACCAAGACUGCUUGGUGGCAAAGGAGGUUUUGGUUCUAUGUUGCGUGCGAUAGGUGCACAGAUAGAGAAAACUACAAAUCGAGAAGCCUGCAGAGAUCUGAGUGGCCGCAGAUUACGCGACAUAAACCAGGAAAAAAGACUGAAAGCUUGGGUGGAGAAGAUGACUAGAAGAGAAAAGGAAGCUGCACUAAGAAAGCAGAAAAAGUUAGAGAAGCUCUGCACCGAACCGAAACACGAAUUCAAGGACAAGCGAUACGACGAGGAACGAGCGGAGAUGACAGACAGAGUCGAAGAUGCUGUGGAAGAAGGUUUCAAAGCCGGGAUAUUAGGAGCAACCAAACCGAAGGAAGAAGUAAAACCUAUAAAGCGUAAAACUAUAUUAGAUUUGGACAUAGAUUCUGAUGAAAUCGACACCUCGGACGACGAUGACAGUAACAAACAGAAUAUAAUGCCUGCAAAAAAAAGAAGCAAGGUGGAACAAGUAUAAUAGUGAUCGAUCGCUGAAUAUUAUUGUGGGAACAGUAAUGUAAUAUGACAAAGGUGGGAAUUAAAAAUAUUAAAAACCACCAAUGUAUGAUAUGAUUAACGUAAUAUAGAAUAUAAAAAAUAAGAUACAUAGAAUAUAAGAGGGAAUAAGAGUUUGUGUUUUUAUUUAUUACGUAUUGUAAGAUCACGUAAGGUAAAUGUGUUUCAGCAGUUAAACUUAUAAUUUUUUACAAUAAAAGAAAUUAAUUUUCUUGCAAGUUCGAGCAUUUUAUUUAAAAAUUUAAAUGUAUAUUAUUAUUGUAUUAAUGCAUUAUUGUUGUAACAUAUAAAUAGCAAAUAUGUCAAGUAGUUUUUUAACAAAUUCGCGAGAUUUCUUGACAAAAGCUUAAGAAAUUCUUCAAAAUUUGUUAUUAGAUGCGACACAUGUUACAAACUAAUAAUUUAUAACUAAUAAUUUUCUCAAUGUUAUAUAUAAUCAUUAUUUCAAUUCAUGUUAAUAAAUGUUUAUACUUUACAAUAGUAAUCUUUAAUUAAAAAUUAGGAUACAAAAUAAACUUGCAUUAUUGUUCGGAUACCGGGAUGCACGUCCGAUUGGUGAGACAUUUACUUUUAUAUGUUAAUGAUGAAGUGUAGAGCAAAACCGAAUGAAUAUAAAUAUUUAAGUGUAAUAAACUGUGUCUGCAAAUU